AGGGAAGAAGCGAGACUACUUCGUAUCCAUGCAUCAGGAAGUGGGCACGGAGAACAGCGUACCCUGCCUGCGUGUGAACCACUACCCACCCGUCCUUUCCACACUACCCGAGGGCACCACUACCUGCUUCAGUGCCCACACUGACUACACCACCUUCACCUUUAUCUUUCAGGAUAACAUGGGUGGCCUUCAGGUUUGUGACCAAGACGGGAAGUGGCUGGAUGCUGAACCCAUCCCAGGCACCAUCCUCAUACUGGCCGGAGACUUUCUCAAGUGCUACUCAGACAACAAGGUGGUCGCUGCGGAAGCAUUAGAGGAAAAUUAUGAUAACAUUUCGAUUCGUCCUGGAUCUGAUUCAAAUUAUGAUAAAGCGAGAAAUUUGCAGUGA